AUGCCACGCGACUUUGGACUAGGCUUGUCUGUGGUAGAACUCGAUGAAUUCAAAAACGAUGUGAACCAAAGACCUCAUCGCGAGUCGAAACAAGACGGGAAAUACUCUCCCGUUGGCGAUGAUGACUACAGCAUUGUCACGCCAUCAGUACGACGUCGACCUACAGCAGGCCCGUACCAAAGCACAGAAUCUCUUAUAAAUGACUCAUCCAGUACCAACAAGCAAUCAUACUGGAAAAGCUUCAAGGGCCCCGAAGCCCCAAAAAGGGUUUGUAAAAAUGGCAUCUGGGCUGUCCUUUGUCAUUUGGCCUUGUUCCAUAUUCCGCCCAUCGGUAUCACCCUGGCCCUUCUAGGACUAUAUGUCCACAAAAUACGGUGGGGUGAUUUGACUGAGGAACAAUUGAACUUCUUGCAGUUCGCAGCCAAGGCGCAUGAAAUAUUAAUCUUGGUGUCGUUGACGGAUAUCCUAUUACAACGAAUCUGCUACAGUCUCAUGUGCGAAGAUCAAGGUGUUCCUCUGGGACUUCUUUCGUCACCAUUUCAACUGGGAUCACCCCUUCACUAUUUCUUCAGUUGGGAAUUGUGGUCUGGCAUCAUACAACCAGGCGUGAAGCCUAAGAAAGCGCGGUCUUGGAUCACUGGGAUGGUCAUCAUAGUCACAGUCUUGCUCUCCGUCGCAGCCGCUCCACUUUCAGCUAUCGUCAUGAUUCCUCGCGAAGGGUGGUGGCAGGUCUAUCAUACACCCGACGAUGACCAGGGACGCGUGACCUAUUUUAAACCCGACAUCUAUCCAACUGAUCUUGGAGAGAAGCAAAUUGAUGUGUAUCUCAUACAAAAAGAGGCCGACUUCACGCUUCACCGCCCCAAUUUGGUUCUUGGACCCAUAUUCUGGGAUAUGCCUACAAUCAGCACGGAGACUAAUCUUCAGCCAUUAUCCAACAUCACAUAUUCCAACUAUGACACGUUGGUAGCCUCGAAUCGAGUCAUUUCAUUGACGCAGGCCAUUCCUGAUGCUAUGCUUGGCCUUGCCGUUGCCACAACGCCAAUGGACACCCUGUCCUACAACAUUCUCCAUAGUUGGCACACUCGAGAGGACGAGCCAAAAGAUCUUCUUGUCAGGUCGUACUGGAGGACGCUCGACUCGCAAUCUCUAAAAAGGUGGAAGCAACCUCUCGUGGCUACAGAAUGCGCAUGGAACCUGACAAGUGGCAACGAGUCAUAUUUCAGCUUUCCGUCGAAUAUGUCAAGUGGCGAGGUGACCAUGACUUUUGAGGAUGAUCCUGACUUUAAGGAUUUGGUUGCCGAGGCUCGAAAAAUGCCCAAGAAUAAAUUACCCAAAGUCAGACAUCGAGCAUGGGCACCAUCGAACGAAGCCAGUUCAAGGAUAAGCGCCAAUUUCCUCUUUCUGGUAGAAAUCCCAGAAUAUUUUGACAACGGUACUCUCAACGAUUAUGGUUAUGGUGAACGUACAGAAACCAGUUUGGGAUUUCAAUUUUGUCGUACUUAUGCUCGUUGGGCAGAAGCUGAUUUCUGGGUUGAGAGGGGGAAGUCUCAUCUCAUACAGAAUCAAUUCGACCGCUCCCUGUUCGACAUUUACGACUUUGUCGGCGAUUCUGCAGCCAAAUAUGAGCCGAUCAGGAUGCACAAAGAAUGGUUGGAAUCAGUUGGCAGCCGAAGAAACGAGACCGACGAAGUCAUUGCCGAACAGGCUUCAAUCUGGGAUAACAGUAUUGAUAUAGCCCACGAUCUCCGGUCACGAGUCUACUACGACACUGCCGAGGAAGAGGGGCGGUACCUUCAGUUAGCACUGGGGGUGCAUCUGGCUGAUAUUCUAUCACGUAUGGGCCGGGAUCUCCUCGAUCGCAAGGGAAUCCGUGCUGACGACAGUAUUGACGGCAAACCCCCAGAACCAGGUGAUUAUAUCCUGGAACAGCAAAACUUCUUGGGUGGUUACGGCUACAGCAUCGAAAGUAGUAGCACCAUCCCUCUGGCACUGGGCAUUUUGCUUCUGCAUGUGGCUAUUGUUCUGAUCCACGCCUUCAUUAUCGUAUUCUUCCGGCAUCGGUGGCUAAGUUCCUGCUGGGCAGGUUUUGGGGAAGUUCUCGUACUAGCACUGCGCUCUGAGAAACAUGAUCUGGGAAAUGUUGGUGGUGGAGUGGAUAGUUCACAAACAUGGAGUACAUCUGCAACAGUGAGGAUAGUUGGAGAGGACGGAAGGUUGGAGAUGGUCCUCAACAACACGAGGAAUGAUGAUGGACUGAUACAAGGGGAAGGAUACAAGGAAGACAGUGGUAGCACUGGCUAUUCUCGCGUUGAGCCAGGCGUUAGAUAUCGCUAA